GGCAGCAUUGUUUAGUAGUGCAUUUGACGGUCUUGAUAACUUUUGUUACUCUUUCGUUCUUGAUUACAAUUAAUUAGAGUAAUUUACUGGGCAUACGAAUGUUCUUAAUUGCUUCAGUUUACAUGUGUGCUGUGUUGAUUUUAUUAUGCUGGGAUAACGAAUAAGAAGAACUCCACCUAAUACAAAAUAAUAAUAAUAAUAAAAAAAAAUAAAAAUAGUGUGCUUCUUCAUAUUUUUAUUUGGCUAGCUGUUUUGGUAUUUUCUAAAUAAAAUGACUGAAUACAAAUUAGUAGUAGUUGGAGCGGGUGGUGUCGGCAAAUCAGCUUUGACCAUACAAUUAAUUCAAAACCACUUUGUGGACGAAUAUGACCCUACUAUCGAAGACUCCUAUCGAAAACAAGUGGUCAUUGAUGGAGAGACUUGUUUACUAGAUAUUUUAGACACGGCGGGCCAAGAAGAAUACAGUGCCAUGAGAGACCAGUACAUGAGGACAGGUGAAGGUUUCCUCUUGGUUUUUGCUGUCAAUUCGGCCAAAAGUUUUGAAGAUAUUGGCACAUACAGGGAACAAAUAAAAAGGGUUAAGGACGCGGAGGAAGUACCCAUGGUCUUAGUAGGAAACAAAUGCGAUUUGUCUUCAUGGGCUGUGGAUAUGAACCAAGCUAGAGAGGUGGCAAGGCAAUAUGACAUACCCUUCGUGGAGACAUCGGCGAAGACGAGAAUGGGUGUAGACGACGCCUUUUACACAUUAGUUAGGGAAAUUCGUAAAGACAAAACAAGCCGCGGUAAACGUUCGCAUAAGUACAUCGGUGGCCACGGUCGAGUACCAUUUAAGUUGAAGUGCAUCAUCCUUUAAGAAUAACAGACUCAUCUAAUUGAUGAUUUAAAAGAAAAUCCAAGGGAAAAUGUUUUGCUUCGCGUUUUUCUCCUCUGUGAAGUGUGAUAGUGUAUAAAAAAAUAAUAAUAUAGGGGGAGCGAUGCCUCAACCUCCCCCCGAUUGUUAUAUCAUCAUAUAUUUUGACAAUUCGUGUGAGUGUUCCAGUAUAAUUCCAGUUAGUAAGUGCGAAAAUGUGUAAUUAAAAGGAAGCUUACGGAAGUUUUUUUGUACCACGUUUUGCUUUUAGUUAUUAUUACAAAAAAAGUGUGUCUUUCCUGCUCAGUAUAUUCUUACUUCUCGAUUUCAGAGCAGGUUCUUAAAUUUGCUGUAAAUACUUUAUAGAUAUUAUAUAUUCAGUAAUGAUGCUUCUGAAAUGUUUUGUCUGCACAAAUUUCAGUUUUAAUCAUUUUGUCUUUACCUGUUUUUUUUUUAAAGAGGAUAAAUACACAUUUUUUUACUUGUACGUCUCCAGAUAUUAAAAUUAAUAUAAUAUUCUAAAUAUAGGAAUAUUUGUGAUGUAUAUUUUAUUAAUGAGAUAGAUUUUAUUUAGUUUGGACAAAGAAUUUGUACAGAGUUGCGCAAAUUUUGGCAAUUAUAUUUUUAAGGUAUUCAUGGUGGAAGAAGAAAGAUGAUAUUAUGGAAUUCUUAAUUUGUUUGGAAGAGUUUUAUUCUGUAAUAUCUCAGGUAUAGCAUAUCUGUAUAUUUUGCGCACAAAUGUGUAUGUAUAGGUGCCUCGAAGAGAAGAAGCUUCUCUUCAUCUUGCGUUGAUAUUAUGUAGUUAUCCUCUUUAAUGAGAGUAUUGUGAAACCCAGUAUCAUUUCUGGAUUACGAAGAAUAAAUCAACUGCUCAUGUAGCUCCUGACGUCCUUAUUAGAUUAUCUUUAUUUAUUCCUCGUAUUCUGGCGUACAAUAUAGUUAACUUCAAGCAAUGAUCAAUCGUUGAAUAAAAUAUACCCAAGUUUUAGCUUAAUCUUGGUCUUGACAACAUCAUGGUCAGACAUGUUAUUCCCAAGUUUUCUAUAUGAGAUUUUCUUAAUGUUCUACUAAUCUAGUUUUAAUUUGCCUUCAUAUAUUAUACAAAAACAAGAAAAACAAAAUAAUAAAAAUAUAUGUAGCAAUUUAGUUUAUAGAUAUGUCUACUAAAAUUCUCUUAUUAAUAAAAUGUUAAAUAUUUACAAAA